GCCAGUCAGGCGGGCGGAGAGGCGCUGCUCCAGCAGCGCCCUCGAGGGGAGGCGUUAAGGGCUUGACCUUUCCUGCCACCUCGCCCAGCCUGCAUAUAAAGGCAGGUCCCGGCCGAGGAGGCAGAAGCAGCGCCGCGCUCAGUCUCCGCCGCGACUCGCCGCUGCCCUUGAUCAAGCAGAGCGCAGAGCCGCCCCGUCGAGGCCAAGCCCGGAACGCACCAUGGCGCGCCCCGAGUUCCAGCUGCUGCCGAAGCCCCGCGGGCUCUUCUCGCUCCUGGGUCUCUUCGCCUUCGCGCUGCUGCUGGAGGGACGUGGCGUCCGCGCCGCGCCCUUGCAAGGCAGCGAGGGGGCGUCCCCGAUGGCCAAGGUCUACCCCCGGGGCAGCCACUGGGCUGUGGGGCACUUCAUGGGCAAAAAGAGCAGCGGAGAUUUCCCUAACAUAUAUGAAGAACGAAAUGAGUCACCUUUCUCUUUGCUACCCGAUAAUGCCAAGCAACUGGGAGACUAUCUGCACUGGGAGGAAACAUUCAAGCAGUUCCUCCGGCUUCUUGAGGGGAACGAAAACCAAAGUGCUCAGGUUCUUAGGGAAGAAUCUCCGUUUCCUGUCAAGAGCGCUUGGGAGGCAGAGGACAACAGCAGCCUCAAAGACAUGAUGGAUUAUCUGCUGCAAGCGAUGGAUAGAAAAGAAGCCUCUCCCAGUUGAAGCAACUGUCUCCCAGCACCGAAGGCAUAGAAUAAUAUCUUUGCGAAAGAGACUAUUGGUUUCACAAGCAUUUUAUUGUAUAUGAUAACUGAUUUAAAAAUAAUAAUAUUAUCUUUUGUGUUAAGCAAGAUUUAUUUCCUCUCCCUUUGGCGUAAAAAUAACCAGCUCACUUGUAUUCCUAAUCAUGACGACACUCUUUGGCGGUGUUUAUUUCCAUCUGAGUAGCCUUUUCCCUCUUUCGAACGGCUUUGUUUGUACAACAGCUUUUGCCACCCUUGGCACCCUCCAGAACACCUGGAGGGCGUCAGGUUGGCAAAAGCUGUUCUGCAUAAUUGUUGAUGAAGGGUCUUCCAGUUCUCUGACGGUAAUUUGCCAUUUCCUCUCCCUCCAAUCGCCUCGUCUUUUGUGUUAACAAUCAUUCGAUGUUUUUCAACAUUCACAAUAAACAAAUAUGUUUAAAAAAGGAAA